AUGUUGCCCACCACCUCAUCAAAAGGGCGUACGACGUCUCAUCAUGUUCGACCUAAUCCUGCUCUCCCUCAGUACCUCCGCAGAAUUGUCAAGUGGCAACAAAUGGAUAUUGAAUACACUUUCUGGCAAAUGCUUCACCUAUGCACGUCGCCUAAAGUGGUCUAUCAGCAUACCAAGUACCACAAACAAACUAAGAACCAGUGGGCACGUGAUGAUCCUGCCUUUGUCGUAAUCUGCACUCUUCUUUUGGCAGUAACUUCUUUAGCUUAUUGUGCUGCGUAUGAUCACAGUGUCGGACAUUCUGUUUUUGUAGUUAUCUCAGUAUUGCUUUUCCAUUUUUUAGUAACCGGAGCAGUUUUGGCUACAGUUUGUUGGUUCCUGACAAACACUUAUCUCCGAGAGGAAGCUCCAAACAGUCAUGUGGUGGAGCAAAGAGUAGAAUGGCUGUAUGCAUUUGAUGUACAUUGCAACUCCUUCUUCCCCAUGUUUGUUGUGUUGUAUGUCAUUCAUUAUUUUCUAUCACCUCUUCUGGUGGCUCAUGGUUUCAUUCCUGUUUUGCUAUCAAAUCUGCUCUUUAUGGUGGCUGCUUCCUACUAUCAUUACCUCAACUUCUUAGGUUAUGAUGUACUACCCUUUUUAGAAAGGACUACUUUCUUCCUGUAUCCAAUCGGCAUUGUCAUCAUCCUUUCACCUAUCUUGAUUCUAAGUGGCUUCAAUCCAACAAGAUACUUCAUGAGCAUAUAUUUCAGUCGUUCGUUAUGAUUUACUCUGGCUAACGCUUCAGAUACCACAUAUGAUGAUGAAGGAAGACAUUGCUAAUGAACAUGAGAUGAUAUCUAUCAAUGCAUUAUUGGUCAUUACAUGUAAAAAUGAGGGCCGGAACAUCACUUGAAGGAGCUUCGGUUGUUUUCUGUGCUCGCCUUUUACUACUGUGGCUGAAGUUUUGGUCCCGUCUAAAAUUGGGGCCUGACAUUUCCUUCCGUGCCUCACAAAUCGACAACUGAAUGUGUUCAAUGUAAUGAUGUUGCUCCUUGUUGAUCUUCUUUUAUAUUGUUUCUUUCUCAUUUUUCUAAUUCCCUGGACUGGACUUGCACAAAGAGCUAGUUAUUUCAGUGAUCACUCGGUAGGGAAUAAAUACCGGACAAAUGAGUCUGUUUGUCGCUUUCUUUUUUUUUUUU